CGUUAUAUUUUGUUGUGUAAGCUGUGGCAAUGUAGGUACAUAAUUUUAUCUUAACACUGAAAAUGUUUUAUAAUAAAGUGUAGAAUGUCUCACGCGAACGUGGUGUAAUAGAAUGGCAAAUAGUCACCUCAGUUACAAGAAAAAAGUUUCGUUCUAUUUUUUGUUUUUAAUAUAUUUGUUUUUCUGGAUGAGAUGUGCCAUUCAGCGGGAAAACACUUCAACCAUAAGUCGAGAAGUUCAUCCCAAGCGCAAUGCUGGUGUCGAAUAUUUAACAGUUUAUGCUGUUAUGUUUGUUUCUUCCAUAAACAUCUCUCUUGUCGCGAAAUCUAUGUCCGAACUACUGCACAUUCCUCAAUCGAAUUUCAUCAUCGAUGAACAAGUUACGUCGUAUGGUUUGCCGGCAUUCUUCAACCACCUAACAAAAAUUAAAAAAAACGUACGUAGACUAUUUUGUCGAGAAAAAUAUCAACUUUUUAAUCAUAUUCCACAAGAAUUCGAAGUGUUUGCAAGAAUCCCCCACCAACCUAACAACGCUUGCCACCAAACACCCAUCAACAGCAGUUGCUUUGCUUUGACUUGGAAGGUGGCUGGUUACGACACAGAUUUCCGGUUUGAAUAUGAAAGAAACAUGGAUCUGAUACAUUGUUACAAGAAGCUGAUAUACAGCGGUGAAAUAGAAAAGAAAGUGAAAGGAUGUAUGACGUCAUGGAAUCUGAUAGGAGUCUUACCUAAAACAUGGAGUAGCAAGUCCGACGUUGGAGUUAGCGACAGUAAAAGUUUUAUUUUUACAUCGCGGCGACGACGAAAGAGAUCUUUUCCGUCCUCAAUAAUUCAUAGCGUAGUCCGCCAUAAAGUAAAGCAUUUGAGCGUCGCACCUGAACUUUACAUGCCCAAUACAAGGUUAAUUAACCAAGUUCAAGUGUCAACAACCACCACCCGCCCAGCACUUAUAUCAACAUACAGUGACCCACCAGAGUUCUCAACAACCCAAGAGAUAGACCGCAAGGGCGAAGGCAACAUGUUCGAGUAUGCGGCUAUUUGGGGGAAAGCAUUUACAAUAAAGAUUCCGGAUUGGUGGAAACAGAGAAUAACCAGCCCUCAUGUAAUCAGCAUCAAUGUAACGUGGCUUUAUUAUGACAAAACAAGAUAUUCUGUGAUCGGUGUUCCAUUGGGGAAAAUUCGCAAUGAUUUAGUAAAUGUGACAUUGAAACAAGGAACAGAGGAUUUUAACAUGAGGUUGAACAUUACAAUCACUGACAAUCGAGUUGGCGAACCAAGCUAUUUUGUUACGUCACAGCUGACAUUGCUGCCAAGAUCACGUGAUUGGGGCAGCGAUGAAAUAAUCCCCUUAAAGUUUAUGGAGAAAAUCAGAGAUUUCCUUCCACACGUUGACCUUUGGGAUAUCACAAUACUUAACGUAAAAUUUUCACCAAGGGUUAACGUCUCUGACGUAACAGUGACGUGGUUAAUUGAUAAAUUUUCCCAGCAAGUCUUCUAUGAAAAUUAUUUUACAUCUUUGUUCCACAAGACAGGAAAUCAAACUUUUGCUUUAUCCCUGCUACCCCACUUCGUCUUGCAAUCGAUGUUAUUUGAACGUAUUGAAGAAAUCACAACUACAGAACACGGAUCAAAUGCCGGUGUAGUUGUUCCUGUUUGUGUGGUUGUCCUUAUAGUUUUCUUGUCGAUUUCUUCAGUCAUCCUUUUACAUAAAAGGAAAAAAACAACCAAAAACUCAAUGCUUGAUACAACGUACAAAAAAUGCAGAAAACCAAUCUGUUUACUUGGAGAAAUACAGCUCGACAGAUUCCGGCCUUCUAAACCAAGAAUCAUUGAACCGGAUGAUUAUUGUGAACAUCAAUCACGUGAUGACGUAAACAAUCAAAUUAAGUCACGAUUCCGAAAUUUUGAAAAUGAUGUCGAGGGAACACAAAGUGGUUCUUAUUCUUGUUUUGCAAUCGGUGAUUAUCCCGGACGGGGUUCCAGUAUAAACAAUAGUUCACACCAAAGUUAGUAUAGACCAAGUUAGGAAACGGAUUGUAAAACAACGAGUCGUAUUAUCCAUUGUUUCGC